AUGGCAGAUAUGAACGCUUCCAAGAUUGUUCUGAGGGUAGCGACUUCGGAAGUCAGUAACGUACUUCUUUCAUUUCAAUGGCAACCUUGGACGGUGGUUAAUUAUCAGCCAGGGGGAGAAGUCACCUUAGACGGAGGACUAAUGAAGAAAAUUCUAGCAAUUUUAUCCGAAUACGCAAAUUUUGAAUACGUUAUGGUUUCACCCCACGAUAGACAGUGGGGAACUCCUUUGCCAAACGGAAGCUUCACGGGGAUUAUCGGUAUGCUGGAGAAAAAUGAAGCGGAUAUCGGUUUGGGUCCUUUCACUCCAACCUAUCAACGAUCGAGGGUGGCCAGUUUUAGUAAAAGCUUCACUAGAGUAUACUUAACUAUUUUGGCUGGCGGAAAUAACGUAAAGAAACCGAACUUGUUUAGUUACAUCUUAACGUUUGGAUGGGAGAUAUGGCUCUUUCUCUUCAUUAGUAUGAUCGCCUGCAUCGUCGUUUCUAGUCUCACGGAAUUUUUCCUCGAUUUUUCAACAACGAAGAUUGGAGCGUUGAAAAAGAAAUUAAACGAAUAUUUCUGGGCUUUCGUCGGAACCAUAUUUUGCGAAAGUAUGCCAAUGACUCCCUCGUUCGAUUCCACCAGAAUAGUGAUCGCGGUUUGGUGGUUAGCUGUUAUAGUAUUAAUGAACGGUUUCAGCGGCAACAUGAAAGCUAACAUGAUGCUGAGACCGGAGCACGACAAAAUACAAUCGAUAAAGGAACUGGUCACCAGACCUCACAUUCGACCCAUCGUCAUGAAAGGAACGGCGUACGAAACUUACAUCAAGACUGCACCCGGCGAAGAGUUUAAGAAAUUGUGGGAUAUGAUUCUGGACCACGACGGCCUGCUCUUGCCUUCCGAGAUGUUUUCCGUGGAAACCUUGGAAGAAGUUAAGAAUGGAGAAUCUGUUUACAUAGCAGAACCGGUGACUCUGAAGUACUACGUCGGAAAGAACUGCAAGGAGUUUGAAAAUGCCUUCUUUUAUUUUUCUAGAGAAAUCUUUUAUCCUCAUUAUUUCACGGUUUCGUUCCGUAAAGAUUUGAGAAAAGACGUCAGAAGAGUUCUCGAUACAACUAUGAGAAGAAUAUUGGAAGGGGAAGAUUUCGAUGGAAAAUUAAUGAUGAAAAUCAAUCACGAAUUUGGAAAGUGCACCUUUCAGGAUGACGCGCAACAAGAAAAGACCCUGAGCAUGGAGGACCUUCUUGGCAUUUUUGGCCUCUUCUUAAUGGGUUUGGGUGCCGCUACCGUCGUCUUCUUAAUCGAGUUCAACGCGAAACGUAAUAAAACUAAAACGCUCUUAAUUCGUAGAAGACACGAAUUUUCGCUUAAAGCGAUUUUCCGUAAUUUCACUCGUACUUUUCGUCGCUAA